GGUGAGCAGACAGCAGCAACCCAAGGAGUUCACUGCUGGGAAAUCCUAAAAUCCACCCAGUUGGGGUCAAUCUUUGGGGAGUGGGCAGCUUCAUCCCCCUGUGGCUCUUCAGCUAAGGUGGAAGUGCUGUCCCAAAAUUUUCCACGAGUGGCACUGCUUGGGGAUACUAUUGGUUCAUUUAGAGACAGGGGCUGAGCAAAUCCCUCCCACCCAGGGCAGGACCUGGCUGCUGGGCUCUAGGCUUUAUUUCUGGGGGCGGGGAGGAAGCACAGCACGAAAAGCAAAGCUUUUUGUUUCGUCACCGCUCUCCAAAACCACGAUUGCAGCACAAUUUGUGGCAGCACAAAACGGGGCAGACCCGGAGACAGCCCUGUCCCCUCUGCUGGGAUCCCAGCACCACCUUCCAGCAGGAAAGGAGUCGAGAAGAGAGGAAAGGAACGAAGUCAGAAGGAAAGUAGCCGGGAGGAAUUGAACCGGGUGGCCGGAACCACUUUCAACCCUCAUCCAGCCCCAUCUCUGCUCUGUUCCCGCACUGCGCAGACCUGAAGCUGGGACCUCACCAACAAGAGGAAGGAAGCGGUAUCUUUGCUCCGAAACAGUGCUCUCACUCGCUGCAGGAUGAGUACACCCGAUGAGGAGCCGACCAAUCCAGCCCACACACUGUUUGAGCACUUCGUACGCGCCAGGCAGUGCCAGGAGGUACUGAGCUGCUUUGUGGAGCUGUGUCAACAUCUGGGGCUGCGGGGCAAUGGGCUGCAGCUGUACCACAGCCUCAAGACUGCCCUCAACUUUUGGAGUGCCAAGGCUCUGUGGAGCAAGCUGGAUAAGAAAGCAGGACACAAGGACUACGACCAGGGCACUGCCUGCACCCGCACCAAGUGUCUGGUGGUGGGUGCUGGUCCCUGUGGGCUGCGCACUGCCAUCGAGCUGGCGCUGCUUGGCGCCCGUGUGGUGCUGCUGGAGAAGCGUGACUCUUUCUCCCGUAACAAUGUGCUGCACCUCUGGCCCUUUACCAUCCAUGAUCUGCGGGCGCUGGGCGCCAAGAAGUUCUACGGGCGUUUCUGCACUGGCACACUGGACCACAUCAGUAUCCGGCAGCUGCAGCUCAUCCUGCUGAAGGUGGCCUUAUUGCUGGGUGUGGAGGUGCAUACCAAGGUUGAAUUUAAAGGCCUCCAGCUUCCAACAGGCAAAGCAGCUGGACAGGGCGGCUGGCGGGCUGUGUUGCAGCCCAGCUCCUCUCCCCUCAGCCACUAUGAGUUUGAUGUCCUCAUCUCGGCUGGGGGAGGCAAGUUUGUCCCAGAAGGCUUCAAGAGGAAGGAGAUGCGGGGCAAGCUGGCCAUUGGCAUCACCACCAACUUCAUCAACCGCUACAGCCAGGCAGAGGUGGAGGUAGCUGAGAUCAGCGGCGUGGCCCGGAUCUACAACCAGAAGUUCUUCCAAAACCUCUACAACAAAACAGGGAUUGAUUUGGAGAACAUUGUCUACUACAAGGAUGAUACGCAUUACUUCGUCAUGACAGCCAAGAAGCAGAGCUUGCUGAAGAAGGGCGUCAUCCUGCAGGACAAAGCGGACAUUGAGAGCCUCCUGUCCCCAGACAAUGUGAACUGGGAUGCACUUCUCAGCUAUGCCAAGGAGGCCGCCAACUUCUCCACCAACUACUGCCUGCCUGAGCUGGAGUUCGCCCUCAACCAUCGCAACCAGCCAGACGUUGACAUGUUUGACUUCACCUGCAUGACACGCUCCGAGAAUGCAGCACUGGUGCGGGAGCACAACGGAGCACGCCUACUGCUGGGGCUGGUGGGCGACUGCCUGGUGGAGCCCUUCUGGCCUCUGGGCACCGGUGUGGCUCGGGGCUUCCUGGCCGCUUUCGAUGCAGCAUGGAUGGUGCGGCGGUGGGCGGCCGGGACACCUCCUCUGGAGGUGUUGGCAGAGAGGGAGAGCAUCUACCAGCGCCUGUCGCAGACCUCUCCGGACAACACCAACAAGAACGUUGCACAGUACAGCAUCGACCCCACCACACGCUACCCCAACCUCAACCUGCAGGCUAUCAGACCCAGCCAGGUCCGGGACUUCUACCUCAUAGGCAAGGUGGAGGUGGACCACGAGAAGAAGAUUGAUAACAGGCUCAGCAGCGCUGUCUGCGGAGACACCUAUAAGGAGCUGUUGCGCUGGUGCCAGGAUAGCACAGAUGGGUAUCAUGGAGUGGAGGUGACUGACUUCACAUCCUCCUGGACCAGCGGUUUGGCUCUCUGUGCCCUCAUCCAUCGAUUUCGUCCCCAUUUGGUGGAUUUCGAUGCCAUGGACCCACAGGACCCCAUACGCACCCACCAGCUGAUGCUGGAUGUGGCAGAGCAGGAGCUGGGCAUCCAGCCUAUCCUCUCCAGUGCUGAGAUGGCCUCUAUGGCUGAGCCCAACCGCCUGGGGCUUAUCACCUACCUCAGCCAGUUCUACGAAGCAUUCAAGCCUCCUCCUCCAGCGUCAGUGGAGCUCAGCAAGAAGCCACUGUCCCCCUGUGGCACCAAAGGGGCCAUCCUCUUUCUCAGCAAGCUGCAGAAGAACUGCAUCCUGGCUCACAAGCACACCCAGGCCAGUGUGCAGAAGGAUGUUGAGGGCAAGAAGAGCAAUAGGGACAGCACAGAUAUCGAUGCAGUGCCAUCUGGAAAUACUGUGAAUAACGACCACGAUGCACAACCUGCUGCCACAAUGGACCCCGCACAGACAUCAGUUCGCCCAGAAAGCAGUGAUGCCUGCUACUUCUGUGCACGCCGCGUCUACAUCCUGGAACGGGCCAGCGCCGAGGGACUCUUCUUCCACCGCAGCUGUUUCCAGUGCUGGCGCUGUGGGGCCACGCUGCGCCUAGGAGACUACGCCUUCAACGAAGAGGACGGUCACUUCUAUUGCUCACUUCACUUCCCUGACACCCUUAGCAUGGAGCUGCCCCUGUGUGAGCCACCAGUGCUGCUCCCAAACAAGCCUUCCAUGCUACCUGAUGGGGAUGCUGUCACUGACCAUGUGCUCUCAGAUGCUGGGAGCCCCUGUGCAUCCCCUGAGCAGGAGGAGUCCGGACCCCCACCCACUUCCCCACAGCCACCUGGGGAGCUCAAGGUAGAGGAGGGUGUGGGCACUGGUGAAAUGAAGGAUAGUACGGGCACUGGUGAGAUAGUGGAGCAGGAGCUGCUGCCUUUGGGGAUGGAGGAUACAAUGGAGGAGGAUGAGAAGAGCGAAGGUCCCAGCACAGAGCCUCAGAAGGCAGUGGAGGAUUCCGAAGAGAGUGGUGGCAGGAGGAAGAUAAUCCUCUCAGACCUGGAGAAGCUCCAUCUCUCCUCCCUGAGCCUCAUGGGUGACACAGAGGCUGAGCCUCCCCCCAAGCCAGCACGGCUGCGGCUGCAGGCACCACUUGAGGCCAUGCUAGGAGUGCAGGCACAGGUGGCCUGGGAGGAGGAGGAGAAGGAGGAAGAAGCAGCAGCCAUGGAGGAAGAUCUGGAAGAAAGCAACAGUGAGGAAGAGGAGGAGGAAGAAGGCUCAGACCUGGGCAUCGUGGGAGAGUUGAACCUGAUAGUGGAGGGCACAGAGAAGUACCCCGUCUGGAAACGCACACUGGACCGCCGUGCACGGGAAGCACAGAUGAAGCGGUUCUGCAAAGCCCAGGCCAUCCAGCGACGGCUGGAGGAGAUCGAGGUGACAUUCCGAGAGCUGGAGCAGCAGGGUAUCAAGCUGGAGAAGUUCCUUCGGGAGGACAGUGACAGCCCAGCUGACCAGAAGACGCAGUGGAUGAACCAGUUGCUGUACCUGGUGCAGAAGAAGAACAGCCUGAUGUUGGAGGAGUCGGACCUCAUGAUCACGGUGCAGGAGCUGAAGCUGGAGGAGCAGCAGUGGCAGCUGGACCGGGAGCUGCGUUGGUACAUAGAGAAAGAAGGCACAUGCUGCCACAAGGCAGAACUGGCGGCAUCGAAAGCUUUUGGUCCUGCAAAACCCCUCGUGCUCAAGCUGCUCCACUGCCUUCCUCAGGACAGCGCUUCAGUCCCAGUGUGUGACAGCUCCAUGCCCACCAGACCCCAAGGGCCCAUGGCCACCAUGGGCAGGUGGCAGCUUCAUGCCAGAUGUGGUGGGGCAGCAGCAGGAGCAGCGCCUGGAAGCCACUCUGGGACAUCCAUCCCAAUCAAGAACAUCCAUCCCAGCUGGGGACACCCAUCCUAAUCAAGGACAUCCAUACCAGAUGGGAACAUCCACCCCAACCCCUGACAUCUGGCUCUGCAAAUGGGGCCACCAAUGGCCAGACUAGACUGAGCCCAUAGCCCUGUAUCACCACUUUUGGGUGCCAACUCCAUACUGUCCCCAUCCACCACAGGAUACAAGGAUCAGAAACUCUUGUGCAAUGUGAUGUGGGAUGACGAUGUUUCCCCAGCAGCUCUCCUAGUGGAUUUUGCCCAGAGCUGGCGCUAUCUGUGACACAGAACAAAGGGCACAUCCUCCUUGGCCCUUUUGGGCUUCUCCAAUUUCAGUGCCUUUGCAUGGACCUUUAAAGGGUUUCCAUUUGCUGCAGAGCUGUUCUCCACAGUGAUGUGGUGCUUACAGUAUGGGAGUUCUGGGUGUGGGAUGCUCUGCACCUCCCACUCUGCUGCAAUCCCUGCCUUGGAAUAAAAACUCCUUGACAUGGCACAAA